AUGGGGUUUGCCACACUCGUUACCUCUAUCGCGACUCUUGCAUGUGUUGGGUUGGCCUCCGCGGUCCCAACGCUCCACUCUCGUGCCAUUCCGGACCCCUUUGCUUUUCCAACGCUUCACCGGGCAGCGCUCCUUUCUUCCGCGGCCUACAGUGGUUGUACUGGUAGCGCAUUCGAUGUCACUAUCACGAAACAAAUCAACAACCUUGUGACAGAUACGCAGGGAUACAUCGGAUAUUCCAGCGAGAAGAAGACAAUUACUGUUGUCAUGAGGGGCUCAACGUCUCCCACCGAUUUCUUUAAUGAUCUUAGUACGGCAUUGGUGACCCCAAAGCUAUCGGGCGUGACCUUCCCUUCGGAAGCAAAGAUUAUGGCCGGCAUUAACAUUCCUUGGGCUGCUGUGCACGACGAGGUCAUAACUGAAGUCAAACGACUCAUCAAACAGUACCCAGAUUACACUCUGGAGUCCGCUGGUCACUCACUUGGGGGCUCCUUGACUUACCUUAGCUAUAUAGCGCUUGCACAAAACUUUCCGGGGAAGCCUCUCACCAGUAUUGCCCUGGCUGCCUUCCCGAUCGGAAAUAAAGAAUUCGCCGACUUUGGGAGCUCACAACUGGGAACUAUCAUGCGUGGCAACAACCAGGGUGACGGGGUUCCUAACAUGUAUGUGUCUCCGCAGGGCUUCCACCACUUUGGCAUCGAAUAUUACUCAUCUGGAGCAGCGGUGACCACCGUCAAAUGCGAGGGAGAACGCGACUCAGGCUGCACGGCUGGAGACGGCAUGUAUGGUGUCACACCUCAACAUGUGUCUAGUUUUGGUGUUUUAGAAAUGACUGCAGGAUGUGGUCCCUGA